AGCCCGGCCUGCCUUGCCUGCCUACUCACUCGCCGCGGGAGGAGGAGGAGAGGCUGACGGGCAGCGGCGCGCAACAGUUGCAGAUGGCUAAAAGCUAGCGAGGAGUAUCGAGGAAGACCACAAUGGCUCAGAUUCUCACAACCCUAAAUAGAGGCCAAACCGUUUGGGCCAUCACCUCUGAAGAAAGAUCAAAGCACGACAAGCAGUUCGAUAACCUGAAGCCAGUCGGAGGAUACGUUACAGGGGAUCAAGCCCGUACCUUUUUUUUACAAUCGGGUCUGCCGCCGCAGGUCUUGGCUGAAAUAUGGGCUCUUUCAGACCUGAACAAGGAUGGGAGGAUGGAUCAACAGGAAUUCUCCAUAGCGAUGAAACUCAUCAAGCUAAGACUUCAAGGCCAACCCCUCCCCGUGAUUCUCCCUCCGGUCAUGAAGCAACCUCCAGUGUUCUCUCCCUUGAUGUCUGCUCGCUUUGGCAUGGGCAGCAUGCCAAAUCUCUCCAUGCCAGCAUCUGUUCCUGCCAUGGCACCUCUGGCCCCCAUGUCUUUUCCUUCGAUGACCUCUAUCCCACCCUUGGUGGUUUCUGCUCCCCUGAUGCCUUCAGCCAGCACCGCCUCGUUGCCAAAUGGAAUAUCCAGCCUCCUCCAGCCGUUGCCUGUGUCAUACUCUGCAACUUUGCCUCAUUCUAGUUCGCACAGUCCCAUGACAGGAGGAUUUGGUGGCGCCAGUAUCCAGAAGACGCAGUCUCUGAUAGAUUUAGCAUCUAGUAGUUCAAAUUCUUCUUCUACCACGUCACUAACUGGGAAUUCACCAAAGACUAAAUCUUCUGACUGGGCAGUCCCCCAGGCUUCCAGAUUAAAAUACCGGCAGAAAUUUAAUAGCCUCGAUAAAGGAAUGAGCGGAUACCUGUCAGGUUUUCAAGCCAAAAAUGCCCUCCUGCAAUCAAACCUUUCUCAGACUCAGUUAGCUACCAUUUGGUCACUCGCGGACGUUGAUGGGGACGGACAGCUGAGGGCAGAAGAGUUCAUCCUAGCUAUGCAUUUGACAGAUGUGGCCAGAGCUGGGCAGCCCCUUCCAUUAACUCUGCCUCCUGAGCUAGUGCCUCCUUCCUUCAGGAGUGGACAGUAUGUUGAAACUACAAAUGGUACUCCGCCAACAUACCAGAGAAUGCAAGAGGAGGAACCCCAAAAAACAUUUCCAGUUACCUUUGAGGAUAAGAGGAAAGCCAACUACGAGCGGGGCAACAUGGAACUGGAGAAGCGGCGCCAGGUGCUCUUGGAGCAGCAGCAGCGGGAGGCGGAGCGCAAAGCUCAGAAGGAAAGAGAGGAAAAGGAGCGGCGGGAAAGGGAGCAGCAGGAGCAAGAGCGGAAGAGGCAGAUGGAGCUGGAGAGGCAGCGGGAGAGGCAGUGGGAGAUGGAAAGACAACGAGAGGAAGAGAGGAGGAAAGAAAUCGAAAGGCGGGAG